AUGGAGAUCCGUGCCGAUGCAGAAACCAGUUCUUUUUCUUCUAGCAGUUUGUUUGCGGCGGUUUCUUAUGGAUUUGCUUCAAUGGCGAUGGUUUUUAUCAAUAAAGCUGUUCUUAUGCAGUAUACGUAUUCAAUGACUUUACUCACUUUGCAGCAACUAUUUACUACUCUGCUUAUACACUUUGGUCGAAAAAUGGGAUACACAAGAGCCAGAGGAGUGGAUAUGGAAACGGCCAAGCAGCUGUUCCCGGUUUCAUUUUUCUAUAAUGCCAAUGUUGCAUUUGCUUUGGCCAGUUUGAAAGGAGUCAAUAUCCCAAUGUAUAUUGCAAUAAAGAGGCUUACACCACUUGCUGUACUUAUUGCUGGAUGUUUCAUGGGGAAGGGGAGACCUACAACUCAGGUGACUCUCUCAGUGAUAUUGACUGCUGCUGGAGUUCUAAUAGCAGCCCUUGGAGAUUUUUCCUUUGACCUUUUUGGGUAUAGCUUGGCUUUCAUUUCUGUUUUCUUCCAGACGAUGUACCUUGUACUAGUGGAAAAAUCUGGUGCUGAGAAAGGACUUUCAUCAGUGGAAAUCAUGUUCUACAACAGUUUUUUAUCUCUUCCAUUUUUGAUGUUUCUUAUUAUAGCUACAGGGGAAUUCCCAUAUUCUUUAUCUGUAUUAUUUGCAAAGAGUUAUUCUUUUACAUUUUUGAUGAUCCUUAUUCUUUCAUUGGUGAUGGGCAUUGUUCUCAACUUCACCAUGUUCUUGUGCACUAUUGUUAAUUCUGCUUUAACUACAACUAUUGUGGGCGUUCUUAAAGGAGUUGGUUCCACGACCUUUGGUUUCUUCUUACUGGGUGGUGUUCAAGUCCAUGCUUUAAAUGUGACUGGAUUGGUUAUCAAUACAGCUGGUGGUGUGUGGUAUUCAUAUGCUAAGUAUCAGCAGAAAAAAAGUAAGACAGUGAAGCUAGUUACAGAUGUGGAGGCUCAUCGUAAAUAG